CACUUACGACCCCUGGAGAAGUUCAGGCUCAGCUUACCAGAAAUACUACAUGCAUAAAUACUGGUUAUCCAAAUUUGAGUAUAUAGCAACCUUAUUAUAAUUAAUCUCAGUCAUUCCAAUAACAGAAAAUUAAUGGAAGGAGAUGGAAAUAAUAACAAUAACAAUGCAGGGGUUCGAUAUAGAGGUAUUCGUAUCAGACCGUGGGGAAAGUUUGCAGCAGAAAUUCGUGAUCCAACUAGAAAAGGUUCUCGCAUUUGGCUUGGAACAUUUGAUACUGCUGAACAAGCUGCGCGUGCUUAUGAUGCUGCUGCUUUUCAUUUUCGUGGUCACAAAGCCAUUCUCAACUUCCCUAAUGAAUUUGCUCACUCUACUACUAAUUAUUAUAUUCCAAACACUACUUCUACUUCAAAUAAUAUAUUGCCUAACUCUUCUUCUUCUUCCUAUCAACAACAACAAGAUGAUGAUAUUCUAGAUCAACUGACUUGCUUGGACUACAAGUUGUUGGAAGAACUCCUUCACGGGCAAGAUGAUGCUACAUGCAAGUAAAAGAGAGUGGUCUGGCUUUUUUUUACGUGAAAUAUUUGUGGUUUCUCAUAAUAGUUAAUAAAGAUUUAUUUUUUGAAGGCAGUCAAAUAAAUAUUAGAGUUCAAACU